GGCUUCCCUCCACAUCUAUAUCCGAACCAAAUUCCCUCCUUCACUCUCUUCCCUCGUUUUCUUCUUCUUGUUCUCUCUCUCUCUCUUCCUCCUCCAACUUUCCCACCACCACCGCCACCACCACGCUUCUCCCGCCUUCCAGAUCUCCUUCCUCUCCACGAUCUCCUCAUCCUUCUUCUCUCACUAAUUUCUCUCUCUUCCUAUAUACAUACUUUAAUUCAUACUUAAAUUUCCAAAACCCUCGCAAUUCCCUCCUCCCUAAAAACCCUCAGCUUCAAGCUUCGAUCGCUUUACAAAUUACCGAGAAAUCUUUGUGAUGUCGACGUCUAAGACAACGAACCACCAAUCGCAGCAGCAGCAACCGCAACCUCUCAAGCGGCAGCUUCCGUUUACAUCGAUGAAGCCGCCGUUUGUUCCACCGCCUGGAGACUACCAUCGCUUCUCCGACAAUCGUGCUCUCCCUCCUCUCGACUCUGAGACUAUUGUUGUCAAAACCCCUCCGAUGAAGCGGAAGAGUGAUACAGUUGAAUAUGAUGCCGAGUCUAGUGAUUGGACGACCAGUCCGGGGUACACUGAAGUAGUUAGUAGCCCUCUCCAGACACCUGUAUCUGUAAAGGCUGGAAAGGGACGAGGAUCAAGGAUUAGCAAAUGCAAUAGAGCUGUGCCUCAGACUCCCAUGUCAAAUGUUGGUUCUCCGGGCAACAACCUGACUCCAGUUGGUCCUUGUCGCUAUGAUAGCUCCCUUGGACUUUUGACGAAGAAAUUUAUAAAUUUGAUCAAACAUGCAGAAGAUGGUAUUCUUGAUUUAAACAAAGCUGCUGAUACUUUGGAGGUCCAAAAGAGGCGUAUCUAUGAUAUUACUAAUGUUCUUGAGGGCAUUGGUCUCAUAGAAAAGAAGUUGAAGAAUAGGAUACAAUGGAAGGGACUUGAUGUCUCAAGGCCGGGGGAGGCCGAUGAUAGCGUUACUAGUCUACAGGCAGAUGUUGAAAACCUGUCAAUGGAAGAACGUAAAUUGGAUGAGCAAAUAAGAGAAAUGCAAGAAAGAUUGAGGGAAAUGAGUGAAGAAGAAAAUAAUCAGAAGUGGCUGUUUGUAACAGAAGAAGACAUAAAGGGCUUACCCUGUUUUCAGAAUGAAACCUUGAUAGCAAUCAAAGCUCCACAUGGCACAACUUUGGAGGUUCCAGAUCCAGAUGAGGCUGUUGAUUAUCCACAAAGAAGAUACAGAAUAGUUCUUAGGAGCACAAUGGGUCCUAUUGAUGUCUAUCUCGUCAGUCAAUUUGAAGAGAAGUUUGAGGAGAUCAGUGGUGCUGAGCCUCCGCCAAGUAUACCAAGUACUUCAGGUUAUGACGAAGAAACAACAGCUGCAGCCAAGUAUGAACGCAGAGAUGAUAAGACUGAAAUGCAAGGACAAGGUACCCUUGCAAUCUGUUCAGAUGCCAAUGCUCCUCAGGACUUUGUGAGUGGAAUCAUGAAGAUAGUACCUGAAGUUGAUAGUGAUGCUGAUUACUGGUUGCUAUCAGAUAAUGAUGUCAGCAUUACUGACAUGUGGAGAACAGAUUCUGGAGUUGAAUGGAAUGAAUUAGGGACUAUCCAUGAAGACUAUGCUGUUGGCACACCACAGCCACAAAGCCCACCCCCAAGUGCAGCAGAAGUUCUCCCUACUAACACAACUGGGAGAAAACCGUUUCAAGGACAAGCUGCAACAUCAUUGUUCUGUGCAUAAAGUGAGAGAUUGUUCCUGAUGUUUUGUACAGGCGGAUGGUAGGGAUAAUCGCUUAAUUGUGAACGAAACUGGGACAUUUUAGCUGUUAGUCUGUAGGUGUAGCCUGUAUAUUACAUUGUUGGUCUUAGUGAGAACAGAUGGAGUAAUUAGCUGGUGACAUACUCCAAUUGUUGAGUGGGAUAAAUUGUUUGAGAUAGGCCAGCAAUUAAGUCUGGUGUGAUUGUAAAAAUUGUAAUAACUUUCUAGACAGUUAAUGGUUCUUGAAUUGGCUCUGAA